AUCGUCAUUCGUCCGAUUGCAUCUCAACGACAAUGGCUUUCAAAUACGUCCUCUUGGCUGCUUUGGUCGCCGUCGCCAGCGCCGGUAACCCUCAAUACACCUUCGGUUAUGGUGUUUCCGACCCCUUGACCGGAGACGUCAAGAGCCAAGUUGAAAGCCGAAGCGGAGACAUUGUACAAGGGCAGUACUCUCUUUUGGACUCUGAUGGCACACGCCGUGUUGUCGACUACGCCGCCGACGGCAUCAACGGAUUCAACGCUGUUGUUCGCAAGGAAGCCGCCGCCGUCGCCGUCGCCGCUCCCGCUGUAGCCCCAGUUCUUCGUGCCGCUCCUGCCAUCGCCACCACUCACGCCAUCGCCGCCCCAGCUGUAGCCGCCGCUCCUCUUCUCCGUGCCGCCCCAGCCAUCGCCACCACCCACGCUGUAGCCGCCGCUCCUCUUCUCCGUGCCGCCCCAGCUAUCGCCACCAGCCACGCUUACGCCGCCCCAGCUGUAGCCGCUGCUCCUCUUCUUCGUGCUGCCCCAGCUAUCGCCACCAGCCACGCUUACGCCGCCCCAGCUAUCGCCACCACUCACGGUAUCGCCGCUCCAGCUCUUGUCCGUUCUGCCCCCGCUCUUGUACAUGGUGCCGCUUAUGCCACCGGCGCCCAUGUGAUCAGUGCCGCCCCCAUCGCUGCUCGUUAUGCCGCUCCCAUCGCUGCCCGUUAUGCCGCCCCAUUCGCCGCCUGGUAAAUCGUGAAGAUGUUUUCGAGUUUAUAUUUAUUGUAAAUAAUAUUUUCCUCAUGGAAAAUUGUACAUAAAUAUACAAAAUUUUAUAAAGCGAUAAA